UUUCUAACCAAAACAAAGAUCAUUUGACAUAAGACGAUGUGAUAAAUAAGGAAAGUUUAAUGGGUAAAAUGGUAAAUGAUCAAAGGUUACUAAGAUCAAUAACAUUCGAUUGUUCAGAACAAAAUACUUUAAGUAAAUCUGUCAAUUAUUAGCUUUUUUUCUGCUGUCUAACCUAGGUAAAUGACUAUCUUAGAACCUCAAAUGAAAUCGUUCAACAUGGUUACACCUUUAAUGGACUUAAAGAUAUAUUUAUUAACUUGGAAUGUUGUCAGUCGACCACCAAUUGAGGAUCUAAGAAAUGUUUUGGGACUUGAAGAACCAGUAGAUGUUUCCAAUCUUCCAGAUUUCUUUGGACUUGGCCUUCAAGAAGUAAGCUGCAAGCCUCAAGAUAUGAUUGCAGAGAUUAUUGUUGAAGAUCCCUGGAUGAUUGGUUUUAGAGAAAUAUUACAUAAGUGGGACUAUGUUAAGUUGAAACAGAUUCGUCUUUUGGGAAUUUCAUUGUAUCUUUUUAGCAAACGAGAGCAUAUAACACAUAUAAGAGGUUUACAGACUAAUUACACAAGGACAGGUUUAAUGGGGAUGUGGGGCAAUAAAGGUGGUGUCAGUAUUAGAUUUUCAAUUCAUGGUUGUUCUAUUUGCAUUGUUAAUUGCCAUUUAGCUGCUCAUGAUACAGAACUCAAGCAAAGAAUCAUUGAUUAUAAUACCAUUUUAGAUAGUCAAAAAUUUGUAGACUCCCUCACAGAGAAUAUUAUCACUCAUGACUACGCCUUUUGGAUCGGAGAUUUAAACUUUCGUCUUGACGACUAUACUCAAGAAGAAAUAGUUCAUUUAAUUGAAAAAAAGUCACUUAGUCCACUACUUAUAAAGGAUCAACUUCGUAAAGUAAUGAAACUUGGGCAAGCUUUUUCAGAAUUUAAUGAAAGUCCUCCAUCAUUUAGUCCUACCUUUAAAUAUACCAUAGGUGAAGACACAUAUGAUUUAUCUAAACGGAAGCCAGCUUGGACAGAUAGAAUAUUGUUUAGAUUUACUCCAGAUGCUUAUGAAAGCGCCACACUUAGUUUAAAGCAACUGCAUUAUGAUUCACAUCAAAAUUACAUGCAGAGUGAUCACAAACCUGUCUCAUCCAGCUUCAAUAUCAAGGUUUUCUCUAAACCAGCUGAAAAACGAGUAACAUUCUUACCCAUAAAUGAUUGGAAAGUUCAUGCAGACAGUAUAGCAUGGUAUACCUUUAGUGAAGGAUCUGAACCAAGUAUAUGGGAUUGGAUUGGUCUUUACAGGGCUGAUUUUACAAGCAUUGAUGAACAUGUUUGUUACAUCUGGGCACCAGUGCGUCCGUCAGGUAGUAAUCCUCUUCUGCCAGAGUCGGUUGAAAAAAAGGAUGAAGAAGAAUGUUCUGUUGAUGGUGCCGUAUGUUCUUCUAGUACUUCAAAACAACACCAGGGUCCCUGGUACAAAGUUGUAUUUGCUGAUCAAACUCUUCUGAUACCUGGGCGAUAUCGGCUCUUUUAUAUUAGCUCUGACUUUGAUGACAUUUUGGGGGUUAGUGAACCCUUUGAAGUACCCCUAUAUCCCAUACCACUCCAUGUGAAUCUUCCAUUCUUGAAAGCAGUGUUUAAAGACAUUAAAUGACGCUACUCGUGUAAGCUCUUCCAAUUUUGUGUUCCAUUUAUCCAUUUAUGGUGUCAGAUCUUUAUUUUUAUUUUUUAUUUUUAAAUGCAGAUGUGAUUUUAAGGAAUGAAAUUAGGAGUUGAAUUUUCUCAUAAAUAUGGUGAUGCUAUGUUUUCAAUAAGAAUAGUUUUUUCAUUGAAAUAUUGCUGGAUUUUCGGAAUAAAUGUCUUAGAGUUAUUUUGAAUAAAGUCUCAAUUCUGUGCUGUAUCUUCAUGGAUACCACAAAUUUUUUCCUUAAUUUGAUUUCCACCUUCAUUUUGUAACUUGAAUGUUAACAUUAACUGGAACAUCUUAGUCCCUAUUUAUCAUAAUUUCAAAUUGAUGUUGUUCAAUGUUUUGAUGAACCGUCAAUGAGUACUUUUAGCUCUAUUAUCUGUUUUCAUGGUUGUUUAAUCAAUGCAAAAUCAAACUGAUUAAUUUAAUAGAAGUGUCAAGACUCUUGAAGAUUAUGACUAUAUUUUUUUUUUCUAAUAAAUUAUGGUCACACAUUGAAAUAUUAUGAAAGGUGUAUUGGAUAAAAUAAAACUAUGCAGUACCUUAUUUGCUAAAACUAAAUCAAAAGGAAAUAUAUGUCUUGUAUUUUAAUAGCCACAUCACUUAUGAACCCGUAAUAUAAUUUUCAUCUGAUUAAACCCGUAAAUGAUCGGUUAAAUUUCAAGAAAACUGUCAUAAAAUGCCUAUUUUUUAUACACUUAUAUUAUACAAGUAUUUGAUUAGUGCUGACAUCUAGUUUAAAAUAAACUAUCUACAAUUACCUUAAAAAUAUCCUAGUACUGCCAUCUGGUGUGUAAAAUGAGAAAUAAAAUGUUUUCCAGGCAAAAGAAAUGAAUUAGUUUUAUUCUUAUAGACGCGUUAGUACUGAACACUCCAGCCCGGGAAUAUCACGGGAGCGAGAAAUAGAGGGUGAAACCUCCCUCUCUCAUUUUUACGGGAGUGAGAAGGAAGGGGUUAAUUGGAUAUGUCUAAACUUCAAAAUCAGUCACUAAUUACAAGCUAUUUACCAAUUAUUUAUUAUAUAUUGCUCUCUGCAAGUGCUAAGGAAUAUUUAUUUGAAGAAAGUCAUAAGGGAAAUUAGAUAGAAAAUUAGGGAAUUUUUUUCUCCUUAAAAAAUAGGAAUGGCCUUUUCACCCUUUUUUUAAAUUUUUUUUUUUAAAUUCUAUCUAUUAGUUAUAUAAUUUGUUAUUCAAUCUACUCAUUGACUUAAUUCUUAUUCUUCGUAUUAUUAUUUAUUGUUUCAAUUUUAAGCUCACGUUUCAAAAGUAUAGUGCAACUUUGAUAUCUUAAAUUUUUGAGUAAUUAAAAGAAAUUGGGACAGAGUUUCUGAAUUUGUGGAGGACCAAAUAUGACUUGUUAUAUUCUAUCUUAUUUCAAAAAGUAAUAUUAUAAAAUUGAUAGCUGCCAACUUUGCUGGAUUUUUCCAGUUUAAGUUACUUCCUCGUGUAAUAAAAAAUUCUCUAAAACUGGGAAAGUUUCUAAAACGAUCCAUUCCAAAAGCUAAAUAAUGUAGUAAACCUAAAUUAUAGUAAUAAAUUUGAUGUUUUUCUUUUGUUUAAAUAUUUAAAUCUUCUAUCGUUCUAGAACAAUAUUUAAAAUAAAAAAUAUGUUAUAAUCAUUUAUAAUGUGAGUUAAAUGCCUAUUACAAUACCAAAUAUUAUGUCGCGUGUAUAUUUUUCUCAAAAUAUUUUUUCUGAACUAUUUUGAAAUUAUUUAAGGAAUAUUUUUUCACUUUCUAAAAUAAAUUAAUUACUCAUAACUAUUCAAAAUUAUAAAAUUAAACUGUAAUAAACAUUAUAAAACAUUUUAUAUUCUUAAUCCAAAGUAAUGUUAAUCAUAAAUUCAAAAUAUUGCUGCCAAUUUAAAUUUAUGGUAAGCAUGGAUAUUGACUAUUAAAAUCUCUGAAUCCCAUUCUAUUUGAAAUAAUUUAAAUACUUAGUAGUUAGCAGGAAACUUAUACUAUAUCAUAAUAUCUACCACAUUUUUUGGUGUUACAAAUUUGGGAAAAAUCACAAUUUUUUUGAAAAUUCAGAUUUUUAAAUUAGAUGAUAGAUUUUUUGGAAAUGUUUUCCAAUUCUGAAAAGAAAUGGCCAUUAAAAUAAUAUGUUAGCAUACCAUAAGGAAUGACAUGUUAGCAUACUAUAAGGAAUGACAAUUAUGAUUUGCUCAUUCUUAGCUGCCACAAAGUUAUAACAUAUCUUUUAACUUUUUUUUUUAUAAAUUGUAAAAUUAAUGAAAUUUAGAAAUAAAAUAACAGUUUAAAACAUAAUACUAUGUAACCAAUCGAAACUGAUAUUUCACCAUGUCAGAUAUUUAUAAUAAUAAAAGAAAAUUCAUAAAAGGUAUUAUUUCAAAUGCUUGAUAUGUAUCUAUACAAUCAAACUCACUUAUAAUUUGUGGGAAGUGACCUCAAUGCUUGAUUGUAACAACUAAGUUCAUGUAAAAAACAGGUUUGUGAAAAAUCAUAAAAGUUAAUACAUGCUUACUAAAUUAUAAAUAUAAAAUAAUUUUUUUUUUCUUUCAUUUCUGAAUAGUACAAAAUUAGUCAGUUAAUUUGCUAUAAACUGCCUUAUUGCCCAAAAUUGGCCUGGAAAUUAUAGUCCAAACUCCAAAAAAGAAUAUCUCCAAGAAGUGAUGAGCUGAACUGAAGGGGUAGAAUUAUGGAAAAAUUUUAUAAAUCUUAAAAUGUUGCUCUCUUAAACCAGGUUUUGCUUGUAAAAGCGAGCCAG